AUGUUAGGAAGUCUAGACUGUAUGCAUUGGCAAUGGAAAAAUUGUCCAACAGCAUGGGCAGGACAAUACUCAGGUCGUCAUGGAGGUCCAACCAUUAUUCUUGAGGCAGUAGCAUCAUAUGAUCUAUGGAUAUGGCAUGCAUACUUUGGCUUACCAGGAUCCAAUAACGAUAUUAAUGUAUUGCAGUCGUCUGAUUUGUUCGACAAUCUAUCACAAGGUAUUGCUCCUCCUGCUCAUUACACAAUUCAAGGAAAAAAUUAUGAUGUCGGUUAUUAUUUGGCCGAUGGCAUAUAUCCGAAAUGGCCAACACUUGUUCAAACCAUUUCUAAUUCCGAUGAUAAAAAGAAACAAUAUUUUGCAAUGAUGCAAGAAGCAUGUCGAAAAGAUGUUGAGCGGGCAUUCGGUGUUCUCCAAUCACGAUUUGCUAUCAUCAAGGGGCCAGCCUGUUUUUGGGAUAAACGAACUCUGCAUGAUAUCAUGACUGCUUGUAUUAUAAUGCACAAUAUGAUUGUCGAAGAUGAACGCGACGAGCAAGAAGAUGUUGUCAUUUCAACUCCACAAUCAAUUCCGAAUGCUGAAAAUAUGGAGAUAACGGAAACUGAACGAUUCCAACGGUUUCUUGCUCGACAUAAGAGGUUGAAAAACAAAGAAGCUCAUUUUGCACUUCGAAAUGCAUUGAUUGAACAUUUGUGGGAAAGACAUGGAAAUGAAGCUAUGUAA